GUGUGAACCACUGACUUGAAGCAGAGUCUUGGGACUUAAAUGCACAAACUCAAAGUCUAUGUUUGGAUACUUCUUUGGAUCUUCACGGCUGCUGAAUUCUUUACUAAAUUUCAACCACGCAACCAACCACCAGAUUUUCCUCUCUCCAAUUAACACUAUAAAUUCCAGUUCCUGCAAGCGAAGACUCCAAUAACUUCUACUUUCAUCUAUUCUUUUUACUCCUCUCUUCUUCUUCUUCUACCUCUGAAUCUUUAACUCAUGGCUCAAACAACUCCAAAUCACACACAGACUGUUUCUGGCUGGGCAGCUCACGAUUCCUCCGGCAAGAUCACUCCUUACAUCUUCAAACGAAGAGAGAACGGUGUCAAUGAUGUGACGAUAAAGAUCAUGUAUUGUGGGAUAUGCCACACAGAUCUCCACCAUGCGAGGAACGAUUGGGGCAUUACCAUGUUUCCUGUGGUUCCUGGGCAUGAAAUUACAGGACUAAUCACCAAGGUGGGAAGCAAUGUGAAGAACUUCAAGGUGGGAGACAGAGUUGGAGUUGGGUGCUUAGCAGCUUCUUGCUUGGAGUGUGAGUUCUGCAAGAGCUCUCAAGAGAAUUACUGUGACCAAAUACAGUUUACUUACAAUGGCAUUUUCUGGGAUGGAAGUAUCACCUAUGGUGGCUAUUCAGAAAUGUUGGUUGCAGAUCAUAGGUAUGUGGUGCACAUACCAGACAACCUGGCAAUGGAUGCAGCAGCGCCACUGCUCUGCGCAGGAAUUACUGUAUUUUGCCCCAUGAAAGACAACGACCUGCUAAAGUCUCCAGGGAAAAGAAUAGGUAUAGUUGGCUUAGGGGGGCUUGGACAUGUAGCUGUGAAGUUUGGCAAGGCAUUUGGUCACCAUGUAACUGUGAUUAGUACCUCUCCAUCUAAAGAAAGGGAGGCCAGAGAACGUUUGGGGGCAGAUGGUUUCAUAGUCAGCACAAGUCCCAAGCAAAUGCAGGCAGGAAAGAGAAGUCUGGAUCUUAUCCUGGACACAGUGUCAGCUAAGCAUUCCCUUGGGCCAAUCUUGGAGUUGCUUAAAGUGAAUGGGACAUUGGUGGUUGUGGGUGCACCAGACAAGCCUAUUGACCUACCUUCUUUCCCUCUGAUAUUUGGGAAGAGAACGGUGAAAGGAAGCAUGACAGGAGGAAUGAGAGAGACGCAAGAAAUGAUGGAUGUGUGUGGCAAAUAUAACAUCACCUGCGACAUUGAGGUUGUGAAACCACACAAGAUCAAUGAAGCCUUCCAACGACUCGCACGAAACGAUGUUAGAUACCGUUUUGUAAUUGACAUUGCAGGAAACUCUUCACUUCUUUAAUCUUGUGAUGCUCUA